CCAAACCCACCGCAUCACGCAAUUUGGGGGCACUAGGGAUGGCAUCCGGCGGCCAAGGAACUUCUACGACCGUAGAGGAAGAGACACCCCUACGCAGUGUUAAAUCAGUCAAUGCUGACGUCGCAAUGUGGACUUAGCCUGCAUUUGGCGGUUUCUUGGAAACACAUAUAAAGUAAACAUGCCCUCUGAGGAGGCGAUCAGCAACAGGCGAGUGCUGAUCACCCCUGAGCCUCCAGUCAUCGCAGUUAACGACAAGUCUUGGCGAUGAAGCUGUUCACAAUAACUGAGCUUCUCCUAGCGGUUGCAGUUCCUACUCAGGCUGCCUUUACUUGGCAGAAUGUCAAAAUCGGAGGUGGUGGUGGCUUCGUGCCGAGCUUCGUAUUCCAUCCCAACACCAAGGGCGUCGCGUACGCGCGAACGGAUAUUGGUGGUAUCUACCGGCUCAAUAGCGACGAUUCCUGGACUGCUGUGACAGAUAGCCUUGCCGACAAUGCCAACUGGGGCAAAUGGGGUGUUGAUGCAUUGGCGCUCGAUCCUCAGGAUGAUACCAAAGUAUAUGCUGCCGUAGGCGCAUACACAAAUAACUGGGACCCCAACAAUGGCGCCAUUAUUCGCAGCAGCGAUCAGGGCGCGACCUGGUUGUCGACGACUCUACCCUUCAAGGUUGGCGGCAACAUGCCCGGCCGCGGUAUGGGCGAACGUCUUGCUGUCGACCCUGCCAACUCCAAGAUUAUUUAUUUCGGAGCUCGCAGUGGUAAUGGACUAUGGAAGAGUACUGAUGCCGGAGUGACAUUCACCAAGGUCUCAAGUUUCACUGCCAAGGGAUCAUUCGUUCCCAACCCGACUGAUACUACCGGCUACAACAGCGACCCGCAAGGAGUUGCAUUUGUGACUUUCGACUCAACAAGCGGAACUACAAGUGGUGCUACCUCGAGAAUAUUUGUUGGUACGGCAGACAACACUACAUCCAGUGUUUGGGUCACCGAGGAUUCUGGGAGAACGUGGACCGCAGCCGCCGGUCAGCCCGGGACAUACUUCCCACACAAGGCUGUACUGCAACCAACCCAGAAAGUCUUGUAUCUCACCUACAGCGAUGGCACGGGUCCGUACGAUGGCACCCUAGGAGCUGUAUAUCGGUACAACAUAACAGCCGGCACCUGGACAAAUAUUACACCCGUUUCAGGUAGCGAUAUCUAUUUCGGGUUUGGCGGUAUGGGCGUCGACAUGCAAAGCCCUGGAACCAUUGUAGUAGCCAGCUUGAACUCCUGGUGGCCCGACGCACAGAUUUUUCGUUCUACAGACAGCGGUGCCACCUGGUCCAAACUCUGGGAAUGGGCCAGCUAUCCCGAUAUGAAUCUGUAUUACAGCCAGUCGGCUACAAAAGCCCCAUGGAUUAAGGCUGGAUUUUUAGAUGUCGACACGAAGGAUUUGGGCUGGAUGAUCGAAUCGCUUGUCAUCGACCCCCUGGAUAGCGACCACUGGCUUUACUCGACGGGUCUCACCGUCUUCGGCGGACACGAUCUCACCAACUGGGAUUCAACUCAUAACAUCACGAUCCAAGUGCUAGCUGAUGGCAUUGAGGAGUUCUCCGUGCAAGAUCUCGCCUCGGCUCCCGGGGGAAGCGAGCUCCUUGUAGGAGUCGGCGACGACAGCGGCUUCACCUUUGCAUCCUCCAGCGUCCUCAAGACAUCUCCCCAGAAGCCAUGGAAUGACCCGAUGUUCUCCGGGUCUGUUGGCGUCGACUACGCCGGUGCCAACGUGAAGAGUGUGGUGCGCGUGGGCGGCACAGCUGGUACGCAGCAGAUGGCUUUGUCAAACGAUGGCGGCGCGAGCUGGUAUGCGUACGCGGGCGCCGACACGAGCAUGUCAGGCGGUUCUGUCGCGUAUUCAGCUGAUGCUGACACUAUUCUAUGGUCGACUUCAGCAAAUGGUGUACAGCGCUCCCAGCACUCAAGCUCUUUCUCUCGCGUAUCUUCAUUGCCUGCCUCUACCAUCAUCGCAGCCGACAAGCAGAAGAACGCAUACUUUUACGCCGGAUCCGCUGCUACCUUUUAUGUGAGUAAGGACACAGGGACGACGUUUGCAGCUGGUGGCACUUUAACAGGCGCUACCUCCGUCCGUGAUAUUGCGGCGCAUCCCAAGAUAGCUGGCGAGGUGUGGGUUUCGACCAACGUUGGAAUCUUCCGCUCCACAGACUACGGCGCCACGUUUACCAAGGUCCCAACAGCUCUCACUAACACUUACCAGAUUGCGCUUGGUCUCGGGUCAGGCAGCACGUGGAACGUGUACGCGUUCGGCACGGGCUCCGCAGGUGCUCGACUUUAUGCGAGUGGUGAUACCGGAGCUACGUGGACUGAUAUCCAGGGUGCAACACAGGGCUUCGGAGCUAUCGACAGCUGCAAGCUCGCUGGUAGCGGUAACACUGCUGACCAGGUAUUUGUCGGUACAAACGGCCGUGGUGUCUUCUACGCAUCCGGGUCCUUAAGUGGUGGCAGUGGUGGCUCGACGACUACAACUAGAUCCUCGACAACUCUAUCAACCACAACAAAAGCUUCAACGGCAACAACAAAGAGCACGACUACGACUAAGACGCCGACGACAACUACCACUAGUAAGACUAACACUUCAAGCACCGCGACGCCAACUGGAACUGUACUUCAUUACGGCCAAUGUGGAGGACUUGGCUACAGCGGACCAAAGACGUGCGUGUCCCCCUACACAUGCACCGCUCAAAAUGACUACUAUUUCCAGUGCUUGUGAAAAAAAGAAUAGCAUUGAAAAUAUUACUCGCCGUACUCAAUCAAGAUCGUAUAUAGCUUCAAGUAUAUAGUUUAGUAUUAAAAUUCUCCUUAAGUCGAGAUUAUUUCCUCAAGGGUUCAUAAAGGUUUUUAUAGGGGUUGCAGUGCAAUCAAGAAGUAGAUGAGAUACUUUACUUAGCUUUCAAAUAGCACUAAAUAAAAGAUAUAUUGAUGAGAAAU